GCGCGCUUAAAGCGACAGCGCGCUGGAGGUGGCCGGUGGUACGUGCCGGGGAGGGGGCAGAGGAAGGUGCCACCUGCCGCGGGGCGGGGGGAGCGGCCCCGGGGGCGGUGUCGUGGUGAGGCCGGGCCCGGAGCGGGGUCCCGGGCCCCGUCAGAGAUGGACCAGCGGCUGGCCGAGCUGGUGGAGGAGCUGACCACCUCCGGGGAGCCGCGGCUGGAGCCGGGCAGGAUGAAGGAGCUGAAGAAAAUCUGCAAGUGCUCAGAGGAACACAUCAGCCAUGCCUAUCACCUGCUGCUGACGCGGCUCAAUGAGGAACACGCUGAGAUGCGCUUCUCCGCUUUCCAGAUCGUUCAGGAACUGUUCCCCCGCUCCCACCAAUUCCGCACGCUGGUUAUUUCCAACUUCCAAGAGUUCUUGGAGCUCACGGUGGGGAUAGAUCACGAGCAGCCUCUCCCACCACCCAAAGAGGUGGCUCAGAAGCUGAGGAAAGCAGCGAUUAAAUCAGUCCAAGAGUGGCAUGAGAAGUACGGGGAGGCCUACAAGCAGCUUUCUCUGGGAUACCACUUCCUAAAGCAGAAUAAGAAGGUGGAUUUUCAAGAUGUGCAUGCCAGAACCAUGGCUGAAAGGAGGAGGGAAGAGGAGAAGCAAAAACGAUUGGAUAACAUUUACAAAGAAAAAGCCAAAAGAGCUGAAAAAGAAAUGGAAGAAAUGUCCCAAGACAUUGCCGACACGCUGACAGAGAUGGAAAACUGUUUCCAGCUUCUGAUGCCGGGUCUUUUUGACUUCACUGUGAAUGACACGGAACUGGAACCCAACGAACAAAUGUCUGCAGCCCCCUCCUCCUCCCAGGUGGAAGCUCACCAGCCCUGUUUUGGAUGCGUGGAUGAUGAACAGCCGUGCUGCAGCAAGGACGUUCUUUCUGUUUCUCAGUGUGUUAGAACUGAUGAAAACAAAGACUUAGAUGAGAAACAGGAGACACCUGAGCAAAAAAAAUCAGAUGGAGAGACAUGUUCGGAAGUUCAAUCUGGUGUCCCUGCUCCCAUUGAUGAUGAUUACCAGACUUUUGUUAGGAACCAUGGGCUCAUUUCACAUAAGUAUACUCUAGACCUUGAAAUUUCCACAGAUAUAAAAGUUGAUGAGAAUGAAGAUAAUACUGCCAUAAUAAACAAUGUCACGGAUGCUCACAAACUCCUCAGAAAUAAGUUCUGGCCUUCGGUGCAGUCCUGGAUUCAGUUAUUUACCAGAGCAGGAAUAAAUGAUGAUCGGCUAAGAUGUGCCAUUGAUCUCAAGAAUAAAUUGGAAACCGCUAUGAAGAAAUACAAGGACAUGAACAUUUCCUUUAAAGCGAGAAAAAGAAAAGUGAUGAAAGCCUCGGAUGACGAUGACGACGAUGAGGAUGAAGAUGAAUUUGUGGAGGUCCCUGAGAAGGAAGGUUAUGAGCCCCACAUUCCAGACCACCUGCGUAAGGAAUAUGGGCUGGAGCCCCGGGCGCCUCCAAAAACACCAGUGGGGAAGACGUCGACAGGAGCGGCUCCGCUGAGCUCCCGCGCCCGCCUAAAAGGGAAUGAAGACGAACUUGAUCCAACCUGUGCAGCUGCCACACUGAAACUUAUUAGAGACAAACUACCGAAGUUAUCACCUCCACACGCCAGUGACUCUUCAGCUAUGGAGCCAGCAGCCGUGGAAGAGCCUGACAAUAAGAGGCGAAAACUGGAAGAAGAAAGAGCUAAAGCUCCCCUCAUGCCUUUUGGAUUAGAUCUUCACUACUGGGGACAGGAUCAGCCAAGUGCUGGGAAGAUUCUCAAAUUUACUUCUGAGCAUCGAUUUUGGGCACCCAGUGAAGUAGAGGAAGAGGUGGAAAAUAAAGAAAUAACAGAAAUGUUAAAAACCAGGUAUAUAACAUUUGCUGGCAAGUUUGAACCGGUGAAACACAAAUGUCGAGCGCCAAUGCCUAAUGGAAGUCUGUGCGAAAGACAAGAUCGGGUUAAGUGCCCUUUCCAUGGCAAGAUAAUUCCUCGGGAUGAAGCUGGGAUUCCUCUUAACGCAGAGGACAGAGCCAGAGAAGAAAAGAUGCGGUUUGAGAAGCAAGCGGCUCAGCCAGGUCUCGGUUUUCUCUGGUUUAAGCUAUUUAUUCUGGAGUGGCGAGAUCCAGAAUUCAUGAGGGAAGUUGAAGCAGCUACGGGAGUGGAUCUUGGUUCCUCUAAAAAUAAUGAAAAAGGAGGCAAAAAGAAAGGGAAGAAGAAAAAAUAUCCAAAUCUGACAGACUUGAAGCAGCAGGCGAACACUUCUCGUUCCCGGCUUGAGAAGAAAGUCUUCAAUAAAGGCGCUAUGAAGCGGGUGGUGAAUGCAAUGAACCGAGUGGACCAAAGAAAGCACGAGAAGUUUGCCAACCAGUUUAAUUAUGCACUGAAUUAAAUUGUAAUAAAAUGAAGGGUAAAGAGGAUUAACAAGGGUGCAACUGCACAAAACCUUUAUCACAGAUCUUCAUAUUGACACUAGAAUAUUGUGUUUGGAACAUUUUUACUUGGGUAAUUUUUUAAAUUGUUUUCAACUUUAACUUAUUUUAUAAUGAGCAUUAAUUUUGGCGAAAAUAUGGUGGUAUAGAAUGCUAUGUGUUUAACACAUAAUUAUUUGAAAUGUGUAUGAAAUACAGCGUGUUUUGUGACUUGUAUGUACUCCGGGUAAAACGUUUGGGUUUGGGGGUUUUUUCCUUCUUCAUGGACUCAGGUAAUUUAUACCUCCUCUGCCAACAUGCAUGUUGUAAUUUACCUCCACUUUUACACCUUUGGAAAAAGGAUGCCUUAGAUUUCUACCAGUGAUGACAAUUCACAGAGUAAUUUGCUCAAGCUUCUAUUCUAGCAAGUGCACCACAUCAGGCAGCAGAGUGGCUCCUGCAGGGCCUCAAAACACCUCUUGUGUGCACACCAAAAAGAAAAAAAAUCCAAGUCAAGUGAUGCCUUCAGAUCAUGAAUGGAGUAGAGUUUGAUUUCAGCAAACUGAAAUCCAGGAGCUGUGCUGGGGGAGAAGCUGAAAUGACGAAAGUCAUCCUGGGCUGCUUCUUGUCUUCCCCACUGUCUUUCAGAACUACAUAUGCAAAGCACGUUGUGAAAGUUUGUAGAGAUACUCAGAAUGUGCUGCAGUUUACCUGGUACCAAAAAGCUCCAGCACAAAGUGAAAGUGUAAGGUUUUAAAAAUCGUUCAAGUAACAUUCCAAACUUGUGAACUGCCUGGUUUAAAUAAUUUUAGAUUACAUCAGUUCUCAGGCCUGGGAGUGCAUCUAAGGAUCCAGAUAUGAGCAAGCAUCUGGACUCUUAGGGCAACAAAAAUGAUGAAGGGAGUGGAGCAUCUCCUGUGUGAGGAAAGGCUGAGGGAGAUGGGGCUCUGGAGCUUAGGGAGGAGAGUGAGGGGUGACCUCAUUAAUGUUUACAGAUAUAUAAAGGGUGAGUGUCAGGAGGAUGGAGCCAGGCUCUUCUUGGUGACAACCAAUGAUAGGACAAGGGGUAAUGGGUACAAACUGGAACACAAAAGGUUCCAUUUAAAUUUGAGAAGAAAAUUCUUCUCAGUGAGGGUGACAGACACAGGAACAGGCUGCCCAGGGGGGUUGUGGAGUCUCCUACUCUGGAGACAUUCAAGACCUGCCUGGACACCUUCCUGUGUAACCUCACCUGGGUGUUCCUGCUCCGGCAGGGGGAUUGCACUGGAUGAGCUUUCAAGGUCCCUUCCAAUCCCUGACAUUCUGUGUGAUUCUGUGUGUGACUCCAGAGAUUUAACAGACACACUGAGGUCAAGCAGCUGGAUCCAGCGUUGUUUGUUCGUAUUGACUGGGUGCUUAACCAGAUCUCCCAAACCUGCUUUGCUGGCUAUAGUCACGUUCUUAAGCAGAGUUGAACCAAAUGUUGACCAGUCGUGCUCUUGCAAGGUUUCCAACAGCUUUAAGCGUAUCAGAGUAUCAAGGAGGAUGGAGUGUUUGAAAAUCAGUUUCAAAGUGAACUGCAGAAGUCUUCAAUGAAAUCCAGAAUACAGAUUAGGAUGGAUUCUCUACUGCACUGAUUUAGUCACUCACCUGUUGGAGGUGUUUUCUAUGCAUCAAGAGACUAUAAGAAUUCAAAAUUAAAAGCUUCUGACCACCUCAGACAAAAGCUCAUUUACAGUUCUGCCAAAUACCUCCUGACUUGCGCAAUUACUGAUUAGAAAGCAAAUAAUACUGAAUCUUGAUAGUUUAUCUUGCAAGAGCUCUGCAGGUUGGAAUGUUUUCAACACAGCUGGUCAGAAGUUAUGCUUCUGAACUACCAGAAAUAAUAAAUAGGCAACUAAAAGCAAGAAUUGCAAAAAAUACCUCCUGCUUUCUCUUUUUCCUGGGUCCAUCUGUAGUUCUGCUAGAGGAAGAAUUUUUAAAUAGCAUCUGUCUCCAAAGAUCCAGCAUACCUUCAAUAAAUAGAAAUCCUUUGGAGUUCAAAAUAAAUCUACUUUUUAGAUACAUCACAAUACUUUGCUUACAGGAGUUUACAAAUUUGAGGUCUCUGAGCUCACCAGCUUUUCAGUCAUCUUAGUUGCUAAACUGUUUGUGUGACAUUUCUACUGGAACUUUUCUAUUCCUGGCCUUGGGGCUUCUGGGGUAAAAAAAAAAGAAAGGAAAUAAAAGUAUCAUUCAUAUAA